AUGACGGCUGACUCGGCUCAACAAUUGUUUUUUUACGAAAGCGCUUCUAAACAUUUGAUUGCUAAAGAAUUACUCUUAAAGCUGAUUCCACUCGGCUUAAGUAGUAACCCGAGGUCGUGUAAAGAGAUUCUGAAAAACGUCAUCAAAGAGAAAAGAAAGAGAAAAAAUUCAGACAAUUCCGAGUCAAAUCAAUCGUUAAGAACAAUGGGUAAAUACGAUUCCAUGUCUUUUGGUUAUGGCAAGUUCCCUGAUUGCAUGACACCAACAGAGGAAGGGGAGAGAGGAGGAAGGGGAGAGAGGGAAAGAGGAGAGAGGAGAAGGGAGGGGAGAGAGGGAAAGGAAGGGGCAGAGAGGGGGAGGAAGGGAGCAGAAAGGGGAAGAGUGGGGAGAGAGGGGAAGGGAGGGGGAGAGAGGGGAAGAGAGGGGAGAGAGGGGAAGGAAAGAGGCAGCGAGGGGAAUAGAGGGGAGAGAGAGCAAGAGAGGGGAGAGAGGAGAAGGGAGGGGAAAGAGGGCAAGAGAGGAGAGAGAGGGAAAGAGAGGGGAGAGAGGAGGAGGGACAGAGAGGGGAAGAGAGGGGAGAGAGGGGAAGGGAGGGGGAGAGAGGGGAAGACAGGGGAAGUGAGGAGAAGAGAGGGGAGAGAGGGAAAGGAAGGGGAUAGAGAGGGCAAGAGAGGGGAGAGAGGGCAAAAGAGGGGAAGGGAGGGGAGAGAGGGCAAGAGAGGGGACAAAGGGAAAGGAAGGGGAAGAGAGGGCAAGAGAAGGGAGAGAGGGGAAGGGAGGGGAGAGAGAGGGCAAGAGAGGGGAGAGAGGGGAAGGGAGGGGCAGAGAGGGGAAGAGAGGAGAGAGAGAGAGGCAGAGAAGGAAAGGAAGGAGGCAGAGAGGGCAAGAGAGGGGAGAGAGGAGAAAGGAGGGAAGAGAGUGCAUGAGAGGGGAGAGAGGGAAGGGAGGGGGAGAGAGGGGAAGAGAGGGGAGAGAGGAGAAGGGAGGGGCAGAGAAGGGAAGAGAGGGAAGAGAGGGGAAGAGAGGGGCAGAGAAGGAAAGGAUUCAAAAAAAGUUCUACAGUCAAGGUACCUCAUCAAUGGAGAACAGGCAGUUUUCAUUGCUAUCAUUACGCAAGAAAGAUAG